AACCAUAGCAGCUUCGACAUUUCGUGUCAGGUAAAAUAAAAACUUGACAUGCUUGGGGUUAAAACUAAUCCACUCGAGUUCUGCCUGUGCGUGCCCGUGAGUCCCUCGCGAGACCAACGCACCAAAUAAAUCUCGCAGUGAUGGCUGCGCCGCCCGAUGCAGAGAGUUUGGAGUCUCGUAUCAACAGAGCCACAAACCCACUCAACAGAGACACAGACUGGAGCAGCAUCCAUGCCUUCUGUGACCAGCUCAACAGUGAUUUAGAGGGACCUCAGCUGGCCACCAGGCUCCUGGCCCACAAGAUCCAGUCUCCACAGGAGUGGGAGGCCAUGCAGGCCCUGCUGGUUCUGGAGACGUGUAUGAAAAAUUGUGGGAAAAGGUUUCAUAGUGAAGUGGGCAAGUUCCGUUUUCUUAAUGAACUCAUCAAGGUAGUUUCUCCAAAGUACCUGGGCUCACGAUCACCAGAGCCAGUAAAAAAGAAGGUUUUGGAGUUGAUCUAUAGCUGGACUUUGGGGUUACCUGAUGAGGCCAAGAUCUCAGAUGCCUAUCAGAUGCUGAAAAAACAAGGUAUUAUUAAACAAGACCCAGAGCUACCACCUGACAAACUACUGAACCUUCCUCCACCCAGACCCAAGAAUGCCAUUUUUGAGGAUGAGGAGAAGUCAAAAAUGCUGUCUCGCCUGUUGAAUAGCUCACACCCUGAGGACUUGAAAGCUGCCAACAAACUCAUUAAGGAAAUGGUCCAAGAGGAUCAGAGGCGCGCAGAGAAGGUUUCGAAGCGGGUGAACGCCAUUCAGGAGGUCAACGAGAGUGUUACUUUGCUGACUCAGCUUCUGCAAGACUAUGACAACACUGCUAGUAAUCAGAGCAACGCUGAACUCAUACAGGACCUGUACCAGCGUUGUGAGAAAAUGAGACCUACGCUUUUCCGACUGGCAAGUGAUACUGAGGACAAUGACGAGGCUCUGGCGGAGAUCUUGCAGGCCAACGACAGUCUGACUCACGUCAUCAACCUCUACAAACAGCAGGUGAAGGGGGAGAUAGUAAACGGCAACAACACAUUAAACACACAGAAACAAACAGGAGGGACAGCACUGCUUGAUCUGUCAGGAUUGGACACAUCACCCCAGUCGCCUCCAUCCUUCCCAGAAUUUCCCACUCCGACAGACAGCCUCAAUGCCCCCUCACAGGAGAUGGGGAUAAGUCUCCUUGACGAUGAGCUAAUGUCACUUGGUUUAAGUGAAGGAACACAUAACUCCAACCCUCCCUCACAGCCUGAGGACUCCACAGCCUGGGACUCCUUUCAGUCCUCUGACAGCAUAGAUGCAGACAUCCCCGCAGCACCCAGUCUCCUCCUGAGUCCAGUCCCACCCUCCCACUCUCAGCCCUUUUCAUCUGGCUCUACCCCAGGGAACACAGCCCUGGACGAACUAGACCUGCUGGGGAAGACACUCCUCCAGCAGUCCCUGCCUCCAGAGGGCCUGCAGGUUAAAUGGGACAAGCAACAGUCUAAACCAACUCUGAGAGAUCUCCAGAGCAAGUCGGGGGCCAACAUUGCCCCAAAUCCCAUCCCAGCCUUUGCCUCUGAACAUCCUGCACCUCUUAACUCUCAGCCCAGCCUUGGAGCUACAUUGCUGGAUAUGUCCCCAACUCACAAAGAGACUCCUUCUGCUCAAAUCACUCUGACUGAUGUUUUUGUACCGCUAGAAUCCAUUAAGCCCAGCAGUCUCUUACCUGUGACUGUGUUUGAUGGACACAGUCUACGCGUUCUCUUUCACUUUGCUCGCGACUCGCCUCCAUCUCGUCCUGAUGUGCUGGUGGUGAUCAUUUCCAUGCUGUCCUCUGCCCCUGUCCCUGUCACCAACAUAAACUUCGAGACUACAGCUCCAAAGUCUAUGGCAGUGAAGCUGCAGCCCCCAUCAGGAACGGAGCUCCCAGCUUUCAACCCCAUCCUUCCUCCUGCUGCUGUCACACAGAUCCUGCUGCUGGCAAACCCAAACAAGGAGAAAGUGCAGCUUGAAUACAGAUUAACCUUCACCAUGGGAGAGCAGGAGCACAGUGAGGGUGGCAGUCUAGAACAGUUUCCUACUCCGGAGAUGUGGGGGAACCUAUAGCGUUUAAAAAGAACCACAACCAGACAGACUCUCUGCUUUUCAGACUCAGCCUCCUUCUAAAUGAACUCCAAUUCAACACUCUGCAUAAGCCCGUUUUCCUUUGUGAUCAUUGUACUUUCUUUGAUUGGUAUUGAUUGUUUUCCUUGGAUUACGUUCAUGCUCAGUCAGUGUAAUGUGUGUAUGCUUCGCUCUAAAUGAGUCAUGUAUGUCUAGAUCUAGUCUGCUUUAUGUGGCUGCUUUAAAACAAACCUGCAACUGCUUCCCCAAAGUUGUUGCAGUCUUGUCAUCUUUUUAACAAAGAGAAGGAAGAAAAUACCACAAAUGUGUGGAUAUUUGCUCAUUUGGUGUGCUUGAUUUUUUUUUUUUUUUUUUUCCUUCUUCUUCUUCUCUCUCUUCCCCCUUAAAUCAGCUAGGGCACAAAGUCAGGUUAAAUCCAUUAUCAGUUACAUUUACCUUCACCUAUGCAUGCUCUGCCAACAUGGGACACAUUGCUUGCACAAUCCAGCACACCAGGAAGGAAAGAACAUAAGAUUUAUAUAGGCACAGCUCAUCUUAGCUUUCAAAACAAAGCUAUACGUAAUCAACUUUUUGUGGUGUCUGUUUACUUUGUGAUGAUUAACAUCACGUAUUUCUUUUGCAGUGACUGAGUCCACUUUUUGAUUUGCACAAAGAUCUUUUUGACAGUACUGUUUCCAUCUUUUACUCAUCUUGUGUAAAGAACAAAUUACUGUAACAUCAGAGUUGUGUAUUAUCUGCCAUAUGUGCCUAUUUUGCAGUUCUAAAUUUAUUUAAAUUUUAGUGCAUUUGGAUGGAUUUUUUUUUUCUCAUCUGUUACAUGUCAGUCAUAUUAGCUCUGCAGUUUGUGUGAGAUACAUAUCAGUUACAUAAUAACCUUAAAUUCUUAAUAUUUUCAAAGCCUUUUCAGUAGGAUAAGUUAAAUUUUGACAAAUCUUUACCUUUUGCUUGUGAUUUAAGUAAAUAUUUUAGCAUUUAUUGGGUAAAACUGAAUAUCAAAAACUUGAGCAUAUGCAAACUGAGCUGCACAAAUGUGCGCUCUUGAGCACAGUGUCUGUCUAGAACAUGUCCAACUUCUUUUUACAGUCUGCAAUGCAUGUCAGCCACCCUGAACACUUCCUCCUCCCCACAGGCUCUCAAUCAAAUUCCACAUGCACUAAUCUCCAAUAUGACUGCUUUGUAAAUACCAAUGAUGGCAGUUCUGUUGUGUACAUUUGACUUGUGCAAUGUGCAAGAGCAUAACACUGGUAAAAUAUUCCAAAUGGUUAAUAAAGUUGUUUUUUUUUUUUCUUGGUGACCUGA